GGGACAAUUUUUGUGUGCGGAAGUGGUGCUGGAAAAAAAAGGCAAAAGAGGAAAUGUAGGAGCAGCUACGGGUCCUGACACCUCUUCAAAACGAAUAGUUUCAAGAUGCGUAGUUUGACAGAGUUUUAGUGUGAUUUUGCAUUAAACUUUUAAAUAAGUAUGUGAAAAGUGCUCUUGUGUAAGGCGGGUGAAGAUUUACUCUUGAGUCUCUGUCAGGAUGCCGAGGAGUGCCACAGACAGAGAGAGUUUCGGUCGCUUUUUUGCCCCCGAAGAUUCUCAACCAACAGAUCCUGUGAGACCCAGAAGGACAGUCAUGUCCUCAGAGAGACACGGAGAGAGUCUAACUCCGGGACGACUGGUCAGCGCCAGGAACGGCCCCAAGCAGUGGUCCUUCACCGUACUGUCCGUGCUGGGUUCGGCUGUGGCUGUGGCUGCUGUGGGCUGUUUCUGCGCCCUCAUAUACCCGAUUCUCAGAGGUGAGCACGCACACAUGCUCGCGCACAACAAGGCUCUUCUUGUGUAGGAGAAUCCAACAAAGUGCAGCCCAAAGUGUCUUUCCAGCAGAGAAAUCUAGAGGAAAGACCUUCUAAGGCCUGCAAAGGUGGUUAUAUGGUGGAGAAAAGAGCUCCUCUGAGAUGCCCCUAAGCGGAGAAAACUAUAAAGGAUGCCUUGAGUGAUCCCUUAAAUGGAGAAAUCUAUUAAUUUGCGUUCAAGGGUUCUUUUUUUUUCUUGCAAAGAGAGGCUGUCAAGUUGAAAACAAGAUAACUGCUGUUGAGCUGAACAGUUUUCCAAUUCAACUUGAGAAAUUGCCACCUAUGCUGACCUUUUUUGGAGAAAAUAACCUGUAUAAUAAAAUAAAAAAACACUAUAGGGCAUGUAAGCUGCACUAUAAAGUGAGAAAUCCUGAUCAUGUGCCCUCUAGGAUUCCUAUGCAGAGAGAAAACAUGAUACAAAGCCUUUUGGAAGACUUGAUCAUUUUCUUUUUAGGGGAAACAGUUACAAUCUGAGCUGUUCCUGUGCAAGAGACAUGGUCAAAGUCGGUGUCCUCACAGCUUCAAUCAGCCACUGUUACACUUUCAUAUUUCAGUAACAUUACCCUUUCUCUUUAUGGACAAAAUAAUGAAGGAGUUAAUGCUGUUUCUGUUCCAGAGCUGAGGGCCGAGAGAGUGAAAGGAGAGGAUGGGACUGAACAGAGGAUGUUAGGUGAGGAUGAAAGGUUGUGACUCCAUUGGUGUCCAAAAAAAAAAAAAAAAUUUCAUGUUCACUUUAUACUUUUAAAAAUGUAAGAACCGCAUUAUUUUAUAGGCAGUAAAGAGAGAAAUGCAAUCAUUUAAUGAUUAGUACGAAUAAAAAUCUUCCGUUUAUGUUAUGAAAAGAACCUCAUCCCGCUAAUAAACAGUUUCUGUAAAGUUUGAUGUGAUGACACAGGACAUUUGUGUUUGAAAUUAAUCUGAAGUAAAUGUUAAUAUUUAUCUUGUGUGUGAGUGCAGGUUUCUGGAGCAUCUUGGUGCUGUCAUUAUUAGCAGGAUGUAUCUGCUGUGUCUUCUCAUGGACUCUCACCUACAUGGACUCACAGCAGCCAAACAGAGAGUCUCCAACACACCUGCAGACACCUGCAGACUUCAGGUAACACACUCGGUUAUAUGAUGUAUUGAAAAAAUGACACGUAUUUAGCUAUUUGCUUUAUCAAAAGACAAAAGAAAAGUGCAUUUAAGGACUGAAAACAACUCCAAAGUAAAAGGAUUCAUUCAGUUUUCCACCAUGUUCACUUAUAGGAUGAACAAAAGUAACACGCACGCUGUCAAAGAUUAUGAAAACCUAUGAAGAGAAAACUAGAACAACUAAUACUGUCACUACUUUUGUUAAAAUUUUGGAUCUGAAGGUAUUAAAAUCAGUGUAAGGUUGAAAUUACUCACCUCUGCUGGAGAGAAAAAAAAAAAGACCCAGGCGCAAAGACAAAAUAGGGUUAAGUGGGAGCAAGAAGGGUCCGGAAAACCAUGACGCUCCAAUUUUCAAUUUCAUGAGAGCCGAGAUAGACGGAGAGAAAACUAAUUCCCAUCUGGGGAGCUCUCUGGGGUCUGAAAGCUUGUGACUUAUUUCAUUUUUCUGGGAAACAAUGAUUUUCAUGGUGUUCAGGGCAAACAUGGAACAGAUGAAAAAAAAAAAUGUAUAUAUAUAUAUAUAUAUGUUCGUCUCAAUUUUAAAUCAUUUUAUGUCUUUUUGAUUUGAAAUUUUUAAUCUCUCCUUUUUCAAAUUUUCUAUGUAUUUCCUUGCAUCUGUAAAUCACUUUGAAUUGCCUUGUGUAUGAAUGGUGCUAUAAAAAUAAACUUGUCUUGCCCUGUCUUACAAAAAUAUUCAAAAUUUUUGUUUUUUUGUUGCAGAGAAACACCAGCUCAUGGUUUCCACAUGAGUUAUGGUGUUGCAGUCCUCAACGGCAUCAUGGCGAUGCUCACCGUCAUCUGGAGCCUCACCUGACACACGCACACACGUGCACAAGUAAUAUGUAAUAUAUCUGCAAUAAAACGUCUAAAAAAAACAAACUU